CCAAAAAAUUUCUUAGUAUGUUACGUUGUUCCUAGUACUGAGACUCAAAAUAAGAAAAUUUUGAAAUUUGUGCCUAAUGUAUUUAUUAAAGAUUGUGUGUGACACCUUAUUUAGUUACAAAGUUUUGUUUAUAUCUUGUUUGUUUGAUACACGUGCAUAUCAAUUGCGGACUUCCUAGUUCUAUUCAAAACCAUUAUAAUGGACACACCCUACAAUUAAAUUAACUAUAAUUGACAAUAAAUCGUUUUUAUCUAUAAGCUUCGCAAGUAUAAUGGCGACACCCACUAAUGGUAAUGGUAAUCUUAUCGACGAAUUUGAGGAAGCAUUUCAGCAAUGUUUGAGUAUAUUAAUAACAAAAGACGAAGGGUUAGGAAACACUGGGAUUGGGGUGUCUGGUGGUUUGACUGUGGAUAAAGAGGAAGCACGUAGUGAAGUUGAACAAGUUACACUAAGAUUUAUAGAUCUGGCAAGGCAAAUGGAAGCUUUUUUUCUACAAAAACGAUUUUUGUUGUCUGCAUUGAAACCAGAAUUAGUAGUGAAAGAAGACAUUAAUGAUCUUAGAGUAGAACUAGCACGGAAAGAAGAUCUCAUAAAAAGGCAUUAUGAUAAAAUUACAGUAUGGCAGAAUCUGUUAGCAGAUUUGCAAGGUUGGGCAAAGUCUCCUGCUCAAGGUCCUGCACCUAAUGGUUUACCAAAUGGUACUCAAAGUGGACAAAACCAACAAACUGCAAAUGGAGGUGGAAAUACAACAAUGCAACAACAGCAACAAAUAUUACAGCAUCAACAGCAGCUCCAACAACAGCAACAGUUGCAACAUCUACAGCAACAUCAAAUGCAACAGCAACAACUUCAUCAGCAACAGGUACAACAAGGAUCUGGUGCUCCUCCCACAUCAGGUCUUCAAGGAGUUGGAGUUUCAGUUGGACAACAAGGAAUGUUCAUGACACAAGGAGUAGGUGUGACAGGUGCAAGAGCAGGAUUCCCUGUUGGAAGUGUAGGAAGUAGCGCACUUCAGGGUCCCCUUGCUUUCCUGGAAAAGACAACGAGCAAUAUAGGAAUGCCCGAAAGGCGGAGUUGACGCGGAAGGGGGAGGGGCCGGGGUCGGGGUCGAGGAAAAGGCCGAGGAAGAGGACGAGGCGGAGGAGGAAGUUUACCUCCGCCACCACCACUUCUCGAUACUUCGGACCCGUCGUCGUAUGCUGCUGCUGCCGCAGUUGCAGCUGCUGCGGCAGCGCCCCUUCCCUCUCCACAGCAGCAGCCUCCCCCGUCUUGUACAUGAAUACAUUUACAGUUAAGUUGUUAUUGUAAGAUACCGUUCCUAUAUCUAAAAUUGUUGCGACCGCAAAAAAUGGUUCUCGAAGUUAUAGAUUUUAUUUGCAGUAGUAAAACACCUAAAUGCUUUAUUAAUUUAACAUUAAGUAUGUGUUGCAAUGAUUUUAUAUAAUAUGCUUGUACAAAAAUAUGUACGAUGCAAAUGCGCGCAAUUAUGCAUACCGGUUUAAUUAUUCUGAAAA